GUGAUCCAACAUUUUUGGUUAAAGGGCACAUUGGGGGAUAAUCUUUGUCUAUAGUUAUACGUGGCGAUUUCUAAGGUUACCACAAAAAGGCUGGUUUUAUUCAAAUCAAUUGAUUUUCGUGCCUCCGCCGUAACAGGCGGUUGUAAAUUGGCGGGAAAUAAAGGAUCGAGCAGAAAGACAGCCAAUUAACGGUGUGGAAAUGUGGCAGCAACUGGCAGUGGGGCGCUUCAUGCAACCACACAUUUGGCCGGCGCGGAUCUACUGAAUUUACGUUUCUACCCCUCUGCUUACCAUCAUAAUAUCGCAAAUGCCUUCGGAAAACAAGAAGGGCGUUUUAGUCAUUGAAAUCCAUGUUUUGGAACGAACCUCUCAUAUUGUCCACGUGAAUAGAUUCUCUCAGACAGUGAGAGUCUUCUUCCUCAUUUGAUUUUUUCAUCCUUUUUUCUUUAAUUAUAAACAGAUCUCACUCUCAAAAAAAAAAAAGGUCUGUUUCAAUUUCGAAAUUCAAAAAGAUGCUCCCUUUUUUCAGCUUGUAUUUUCUUCUCCGAAUUCAUCAAUUUUGACUCAGCUUUCAAGUUUUCUUUUCUCUUUUACGUUUCUCAUAUCUAUCGGUUCCGAUAUUGCGAUCCAGCAUUGUACGAUCUCUCCUUAGCAUUGUCGCCGAUCUCCUCCUAAACUAAGGAUUCCAAAAUAUCCUACUCUUAGUUGGUGGACUUGGCAAUGCAUGACAGACGACGGGGAUUUUCAAGAAUGGAGGAUAUUGCUUGUUUUGAGGUAAUGAAGCCCGAAAAAUAUCGCCAUCGAGAUCAACAACAAUAGGGUCUUGUUUCUUUCCAGGAAAAGUUGUGUUAUUUUUCUGAUUGAAAAGCUAUGGCAUGCGCAUCCAUGGCUGUCCCUACCUCUCGAGUCACCUCGAAGGCGAAAGAGGAAGAGAUUAACGGGCUUCGAAGAUUGGAUUCCGGCAUGAAUAGAGCUGGCAUUCGAAGGUCUUAUUCUGACAAUCACCUUUGUUGCUCUAUUAAUCGGAUACGUGCCGCUGCAUCGACGAAGCCGACCAUGACAAAGAGCAGUUCGGUCGGGAUCCUUCCAUCGUUGCUGCCGUUUCAAAUAUCAAGUUCCAUAAUUCCAAACUCGGUUAGGUCGUUUUUGUUCGACGACAACGAUGAUGAAGAGGAGGAAAUAAAGAGGGCAAAUUGGGUGAAUAGGUUGCUGGAAGUUCAUAGUCGUUGGAAACAUAGACAAAUAGAAGAUGGUGUUGAAGGAGGUGAAAUAUAUGAUGAGAACGAAAAUGAUGGCAAUGAAGAUGAACAUGAAGGUGGCUGCGAAGUGAACUACAACUCCGAUGAAGAAGGAGACGAAGUGAUGUACGACCGUGAAUCGUUCUCGAAAUUAUUAGUUCGAGUUCCAUUGUCUGAUACCAAGCUGUUUUCUGAGCUUGCCUUCUUAUGCAACAUAGCUUAUGUCAUACCAAAGAUUGAGGGAAUGGAGUUAAGAAAAUAUUACGGUCUAAAGUUCGUGACAUCGUCUAUCGAAAAGAAAGCGGAAGUGGCUACGAUCAAGGCCAAAAUGGAUCAGGAUUCUAUUCGUGUACCUGUUGCUACCCCAGAAAGUACUGAGUUGGAGAAAGUUGAGGGUACUGAGACUAAGCGUCUGAUCAGCCUAUCUGCUGUUUAUGAGAUUGCUGCUUCAGCUGCGUGCUACGUUCAGUCACGAGCAAAGGGUCUUUUGUCCCCUGGAUUUAAGUCACCAGUGGAAGAUGAAAGGGAUUUGCGUAGGUCCGGAGAUGAGCAUGAAAUGGAAGGGGAGAAUUUGCCUCGAGUAUAUAACUCGGAGGUGGCUGCAUACAUGGCAGCAUCGGCGAUGACUGCGGUGGUUAGAUCUGGGGAGAAGGAAAAACAAGAGACGGCAAAGGACCUUCAGUCUCUGCAGUCAUCACCUUGCGAAUGGUUUGUUUGCGAUGAGUUGAGCACGUAUACUCGCUGUUUUGUAAUUCAGGGGUCCGACUCUCUAGCAUCGUGGCAGGCGAACCUUUUGUUCGAGCCUACUACAUUUGAGGAUACUGAUGUGCUUGUUCAUAGAGGAAUUUAUGAAGCUGCAAAAGGCAUAUAUGAACAAUUCUUGCCUGAAAUUAUGGAUCAUCUAAAUCGGCACGGGGACCGUGCGAAGCUUCAAUUCACCGGUCAUUCCCUUGGGGGAAGUCUUUCUCUUUUAGUUAGCUUAAUGUUGUUAGCUAAGAAAGUCGUAAAGCCUUCUGCUCUUCGACCGGUCAUCACUUUCGGGUCGCCGUUUGUGUUUUGCGGAGGUCAAAAGAUACUAGAAGAAUUCGGGUUAGAUGAUAACCAUGUUCAUUGCGUGAUGAUGCACCGAGACAUCGUCCCUAGAGCCUUUUCCUGCAAAUAUCCGAACCAUGUUGCUAUUGUCCUCAAGCGUUUGCCCGGUUCCCUCCGAUCUCACCGUUGUUUGCUCAAAAAUAAACUUUUGUACACUCCGCUUGGGAAACUAUUCAUUGUCCAACCGAGCGAGAAGUCGUCUCCGCCACACCCCCUACUCCCUCUCGGAACCGCUCUUUACGAAUUAGACAAGACGCAUAACGGAUACUCCACGAAAGCACUUAAGGCUUUCCUCAAUUGUCCUCAUCCAUUGGAUACCCUCAGCGAUCUUACGGCAUAUGGCUCGGAAGGUACUAUUUUACGAGACCAUGACUCAAGCAACUACUUGAAAGCAAUCAAUGGGGUCUUAAGGCAACACAAAAAGACCGUCCCAAGCCUCACGACGAGGACAGUAUCGGAUACAAGCUUAUUAUGGCCAUUGCUCGUUUCACCAUCCCCUCGCACAUGGAAGCAUCAUAGACAAAUGAUGUUCUCAAAUAAGGAGAUAAUGACUGGUGCCUGAGUUCCUUCUUUGAUAUGCAAAUGAUGUUAAUAACAUACACAUAUACAUAUAUAUAUAUAAUAUAUCAUCUUUAAUCUCCCUCCCUAACUUUUCAUGACAUUGAAGGGAAGAAAUAGGGAAAAAAUGAAACAUGUACAUCACUGAACUUAUAAUUAGUCAUUUGCUGUCUCUCAUUGUGAUUUAUACUAAUACUGUUUUAUGUGUUAAUAAGAUGUAAAUGUUUUGUCCACAACAGGAAGCUUUAUAUACAAAACUGUAUUAUAAUUUUUGUAA